CCACCCGGAGCGAGGCGGAGCCGGCGCCCCGGAGGAGCAGGAGGAGGAGGAGGAGAGGUCUGAGCCGUCUCCAGGAGCCCGUAGAGACAGAGUCCCCGGCGGCGGCGGCGGCGGCGCGGCACCGGCAGGCGAAUUCAUUGCGCCACUUAAAACCUGAAAACGGUGGGCUACAGAAAAUCUUGCUGAUUUCAGGUAGAAACAACAAGUGAAGAUGUCAAGCAAAACAGCAAGCACCAAUAACAUAGCCCAUGCGAGGAGGACUGUGCAGCAGCUGCGCCUGGAAGCCUCCAUUGAAAGAAUAAAGGUUUCAAAGGCGUCAGCAGACCUCAUGUCCUACUGUGAGGAGCAUGCCAGGAGUGACCCGUUGCUGAUAGGGAUACCAACUUCAGAAAACCCUUUCAAGGAUAAAAAAACUUGCAUCAUCUUAUAGAGGAAUAGUGAAAUGGUUCCUUGCCUCUUCUCAACGAAGCAAAUUAUGAGCAGCUCCUUGAAGAGAUUUACCUUCAGCUUGUUUGGUAACCACUGCUAAUAACUAAAAAGCUCUUAUCUUGGAAUCAUGGACUCUGAAGUCUUUAUUUUCCAAGUUGUCCUUUCUCUAAAAUACCCUUUACUGAUUUAAUACAGAAUAACAAUCUUGUUUUCCGUUUGAUAACUAUGGUGGCAUAUUGGGUGACUGCUUAAGGAAAGUUGGCCUGGGUCUUUAAAAAACAGAAUUAUAUACUUUUAAAUAUAUAAAUGAUCCAGUUAUGUCAAAACACUAAAUUAUCUAAGCACCUGUCUAGAUUUAAAUCCUAAAAACUUUAUAUUACAGUAUGUUCUUAAGAGGGGUGUGCCAACCUGUACAGUAUAUAUGGGUAAGGAGUGUUUUGUGUAUAUAUAUAUUUGUCUUUGUAUAUACACAUAUUCUAUAUUAAAAUUAAAAUUUCUCCCUUUGCAUACCAUCACUUCCUCAACUCCAGAAGUUAUACCUUUAUCUUGAGCUGUGUGUAGGUAGAGUAAAAACCUCUUUCAUUUAGUUACUGUACACAAAGUAAAGAAUGUCGUAAAGAUUGUAUUUGUUGUAAUCAAGUAAUGAUAUCAUCUCUCCCCUCUUGAAAGCUUAUUGACUGCUGAGGCUACAAUAAACUGUGCCAAUUAAAAAUUUAAAAACAAACUGAAGUUUUUAUAAGAAGAUUUUAAUUUUAAUACCUUUUAUAAUAUGAAGUAUUAGUUCCUGAGGGGCCCCUGGGGCUUCAGAGACCCUGAGUCUAGGAAAGGGGAGCCCCUUGCAGGAGAUACUGGCAGCUGUGCCCCCAGGGCUCACAUUCUCAGCCCCAAAAUGUCUACCAGAACGAAUGGAAUAAGAGAGUGCACACUAGCCCAGCCACAAGAGGAACAGUGUGACAACCAGCUGCUCUUAUUGGCUAAUUCUUUCUCUCCCUGCCUUCCCUUUACCUUUUGUAUUUUGCUGGAACAUCUAUUUUGAAAGGUAACAGUCACCUCCCUUCCCCUCCCCAGUCUCAAGUGGGUAGAACAUGGUGGGUAAGAAACAUACAAAAGCCAUGAAGGUACUGACAGUGUCAGUGUCAUCCCUACCUUGUGCACAAACCAUCCAAGAGAGGCCCCCACAGAGGGGCUUGGAUUCAGUGGUACUACCUGGGCCCAAGGGUUCCAGCAACUGGGCUUUCGGUUCCUUGGUUUUCCUCUGGGCAUGAAUAUAGCCCUCACAGCUUCCGAUUUCCAUUGGAGAUCCCAAAGAAUCUCCUGUGGCCAGAGGGUAUUUUAUCAUCAAAGAGGAAGUGAGGAUACUUUUUAAAAAAAUGCUCACGUAAGGGCCUCAACCAUAGACUAGACCUUUGACAUUUUAAUUCAUUCUCAGUACAUUAAAAAUAACUACUCAUAAAGGAUUUUAAAGUUACCCUAAAAAAUUAUUCAACCCCCAAAAGGAAUUAUGUACAAGUUUUGCCUGGUUCUGUACAUUCUUGCCUUGCAUGCAAACCCCUUUUAAAAUCUAACAUCUGGGUUUUGAGUAUUAUGCUGGUUGUGGAUACAAAUGCAGUACUAUUUUUUAAAACAGCUCAAAUAUCUUCAGUAUUUCUCCAAGUCACCUAUCUGUUCAGCAUUGUGAACUGCCCUCACUUUUCCAAGAUUAUGUGAAAAUCAUACCAUUGCCCUUAACCUCUGUCAUCUACCCUUGGUUCUGCAAUAUGCCCAGUUCCUAAGUAAAUUAUAGCCACCUGUUUAGGAGAAAGAAAGAUUUUACCUUUCAAAAGGUGAAAUUUGAAAUGUACACUAAAGAGACAACUUGAUAUUUAUUGCUUCACUUAAGGAGACUUUUUAAAAUAAGUAUAUUUUUCUACUCACAGUUUCAAAACACUUAAUCUUAUUUUCACUCUGAUUUUUAACAUCUUUUCUUUAAAUAUUUAUAAUGUAGCUUGUUAUUAAAAUAUUUUCAUGAAAUUACUUUUGUUAUACUGUUGUGUGCACAUUUUUGGUAGCAAGGAUAGUUUAUUCUUUAGUAUUAAAACAUAUUCUCUUAUCUAACAGAAAACAGAUAUGUUUUCCUAUAUACUUGUUAAUAUGCUUGUGAAUGGUCUUGAGGUCCCAAGAGAUUUCAUUUUAUUUUUGCUGGCCAGAUAUCAUACAGGCUAUGAGUAAAAAUGUCAUGUAACUUCCUAAGCAGGUGUAGGGCAAGUUCAAGAAAAGGGAAAUCAAAUCCUUUGAUGCUGGACCCAAGGGGAAAAUAUUGUAGCUAAAUGUAGAUUUACAUAUAACUAGGUCUGUGUGAGAAAAUGUAUGUAUACAUAUAUAUGAUAUGAAGAAGUCACUUUUAUUUAUCAGGUUUUAUUCUACUUAUUAAGCCACCAUUUAAUUGUUCUGCAGCAGCUGGUUUAUGAUAAAGGUGGACAAAUGCCCAAUGUGUGUUGUUUUUUCCAGCUACCACUAUAAUGAUGCACCAAUCACAUAUAUACAUGCAACUUCUUGGCAUUAUAUCUCUGAAGCUAUUUAAAUAUGUUCACUAUUCUUUGUCUUCAGUGCUGCUUCAUUAACAGUGAUUUCUUUUUUGUUGUUCUAUCUUUAUUAAUUCCUCAUAAAUCUGUCCAAUUGAGGCCUCAGGACCAUGGUAAGAUAUGCAAGACAAAAUUUUAUGACUCCAAGGUAUUUUAUAGAAACACUUUUUAAAAAUAAAACACAUAUACUAGGUGGUUCACAAGCUAUAGGUUGUAGCUGCUUUUCUUUUUUUCCCCCAAAAAGAAUCAGGUUUUUACAUUUCCAUACCUUAUUAAAAUGAAAAGUGCCAUACUUAUCUUUUAAAAGACCUAAUUUGCUGUCUCUUUGUUUGGACUGUUUUUGUACUUUACUAAUCUUGGAACUAUCAGAAAAAAAAUUAUACAAAUGAUUUAGUAAUUUUGAGGCAUAGGUUAGUUUAGAUAGUGGAGGAUGUGCCAAACUUUCUCUUCAGAUGCCUUUGCUCAACCAAUUUACAGUUCAAAUAGUGUCAUCUGAACGGUUACUCUUAGUUUGUGUUUAAGAACUUAUAUUGGCCCAAGAAGUGAAUUAUAGUACAUGUCAGUCCUUUAUCAAUAAAAUAAAUACAUUGCCAGAGUGUGUAAUGAAUUGUAUUGAUUUCUUUUAUGGUAGAUCUGUAUAGGAAAAAAUAUACUGAAGCAAAUAGAAUUACAUGUAGAUUAAAAUAGAGUACUUACUUAAAGUUGGGUGGCCUGGGUCUUAGCCCUGGAUCAUUUUGUAGCCAGUCCUGUGUCCCUGUGUUGUGUGACUUUGGACAAGGCACUUCAUCUCUCUGGACCUACAUUUCACCAUCUAAAACAAGGGGCUUUAAGUAGAUGAUGGCUGAUAUUCCUCCCUGCUCUCGGCUGCCUCAGUCCAUUGGCCUACCCCUUUACUGGUCCUGCCAACAUGUUGGUGCUAUAAGCUGCUUCAAAUAUUACAUUGGUUUAUCUGUUGUGUAAGCUCAUUUAAUAGCUUAUGAAAGGCCUUUUUGUUACAUGUUUUUUUUCUAGUUUUAUGGAUAUUACUGUAAUAAUGUCUUAUUCUUAGCCUUGUAACUAUAAACAUUCUCUUGAUCUUUCAGUAAAUUCACAUUUGAUAUAUAGUUGAGGGGAUUGUAUUAUUUUAUAACAUUCUUUGGCUACUCAUCUGUCCAGCAUCUUAUUAACCUAAACACUGUGAUCAUCAUUUGGAAAUCUAUCCUAUGGAAAAAAUAAAAGCAUUUACUUCACAGCUCAUGUGUUCACAGAUUUAAAAGAAGUUUCAUUAAAGCACCGUUGCUCUCUUUAAUGGGUCCAUGCCUCAUUGUAUCAUCCUACCCGAGUUCUGCUCAAUAAAUAAUAGAACACCA